AUGGCUCAUGGGGCCUGCAUCACUCACCUGGAUAUUUCAGUGAUUAUGUCUGGGGCUGAGACACAACUAGGUCUCCAGUUUAGGACUGAAACACAACUAAGUCACCAGUCUAGCACUGGGACAAAACUAAGCCACCAGUCUAGCACUGGGACACAACUAGGCCACCAGUCUAGCACUGGGACACAACUAGGCCACCAGUCUAGCACUGGGACACAACUAGGCCACCAUUCCAGCACUGGGACACAACUAGGCCACCAGUCCAACACUGGGACACAACUAGGCCACCAGUCUAGCACUGGGACACAACUAGGCCACCAGUCCAAUACUGGGACACAACUAGGUCACCAGUCUAGCACUGGGACACAACUAGGCUACCAGUCUAGCACUGGGACACAACUAGGUCACCAGUCCAGCACUGGGACACAACUAGGCCACCAGUCUAGUACUGGGACACAACUAGGCCACCAGUCCAACACUGGGACACAACUAGGCCACCAGUCCAACACUGGGACACAACUAGGUCACCAGUCCAACACUGGGACACAACUAAGCCACCAGUCUAGCACUGGGACACAACUAGGCCACCAGUCUAGCACUGGGACACAACUAGGCCACCAGUCUAGCACUCGGACACAACUAGGCCACCAGUCUAGCACUGGGACACAACUAGGCCACCAGUCUAGCACUGGGACACAACUAGGCCACCAGUCUAGCACUGGGACACAACUAGGCCACCAGUCUAGCACUGGGACACAACUGGCCACCAGCCUAGCACUGGGACACAACUAA